AUUUGGUUGAAGGAUGCCUACCAGUGUGGUGAAUGUGGAAUCAUAUGCCACAAAAAGUGUAUGGUGCGAUGUGAACAAGAGACUGUGUGUGCAUCUGCUGGUCUGCGCUACCGUGAUCCCUCCAGAAAUGAACCCAAUGAUGCUAGGGAUGUUAAGGAGAUGCCUGAGAUUGUGACAACAGCUGCUGUGGGUUCAGCAGAUAAUGGAAGCCCAGGGAAUACUCCACCUGUGUCUCCACAUGUAAGGACUGCUUAUAGUCAUGCUUUGUUACUCUGUUUGUGUGGAAUAUUUAUAUACUUAUCAUUAGGGUUUAUUUGGGAAUUGGGUGUUCUCUCUCACUCUUAUACUUUGAUAUUUGGUACUAAGUAUAUGUAGCAUG